AUGUCAAACACUGACUUCGAGAGACUUGAGUUUUUCCGCUACAUCCUGAACGGCUGCGGUGACGAUUCACUCUGUAAUAACUCUCAGCUGAUUUUUCCCAACAUCAGCAUCGACUACGGGCUGGAGAUUCUUGAUUAUGGAUCCCCCUGGUUGAGAAUCGUCAUCUCGGUGGUGUAUUUUGUUGUGGCCACAGCUGGAGUGUUGGGGAACUUGCUGGUGAUGUUCCUGCUGUAUUCUACUCGCACCAUCACUACAGGCACCAUCAAUUUCUUUGUUUUCAACUUAGCUUUGGCUCACCUGCUCUUUUCACUGGCCUUACCGUUCUGGGCUGUGGACAUUGCACUGGACUACAGCUGGCCUUUUGGCUUGGCCACAUGCAAGGUCGUGUCCUUACUCACGGGCCUGAAUGUCUUUGCUAGCUGCUUUUUCCUCACAGCCAUGAGUUUGACCCGGUACUGCUAUGUGGCCACUGCUCUCAAAUCCAGUGCCUCCCUGUGCAGCCGACCUUUCACCCCACCUGUGGCCACGGUUUUUAUCUGGGCCGGAGCGCUCAUCAUAGCGGCACCCCGAGCUGUGUAUGCACAGCUGAAAAAUGUGGGCAGUGGCAACGACACAGCAUGCCUGCUCCGGUUCCCAGAUGGUACGGCCUGGCUUGGAAUGAAUCAGCUCCUGCGAAUGGUGCUGGGAUUUCUGCUGCCCUCCGCCAUCCUCAUCCUCUCCUACCUGCUCCUGCUGCGCUUCCUCUGUCGGCACAAGCUGAAAGGCAGCAACUCCUGGAGAAAGGCUGAUAUUUCUAAGUCUGUGGCGGUGGUGGUGCUUUCAUUCUGCGCCUGCUGGUUCCCGUACAAUGUCCUCACUUUCUGGAGCUUCCUGAUCCAACUUGACAUCGUUGACAUCAGCCCCUCGUUCUACUUGGCCCAAACGUACUUUUUCCCUCUGGCCAACUGCUUGGCUUUCACCAGCAGCUGCUUCAACCCUGUUAUCUACUGCCUGGUUAGGAAAGAAUACAGAGCGGCCCUCCACAAUGUGCUCCUCAAAUUGAGUCUGGCCAUUAUGUCCAAGAUGCCCUAUGGCAUUAAAUCUGAGGAGGGGUCAGGGCAAGCUGGGCAGCUGGCUAUUCCACUCAACGACAUGUACAGCCAGACUUCCCAAACUGACACAAGGAGGUAUGCAAAACUGUCACCACUUCCCACCGUAGUGUCCGCUCUGUAA